UGAGUCUCCGGAAUAUUACGCGGGAGAGCCAGUAGAGCUGAAGCGCGCCAAAUCUGUCGGCUGGGGAGAACGAGAAGUUGGUUGAGCGAAGCGAAGGAAAUAUCUGAUUAAAAUGGUGCGAACAAAAGCUGACGGAGGCUGUGCUGCUUCAAGGAAAGUUGUUGCUGCGCGAGCCCCAAGGAAGAGUCUCGGAAGCCCAGCGGCUGGCUGCAGUAGCGCCGGGUCCCCAAAAUCAGGUAAGACAAAGUAUGCUGGUGGCAACCCUGUGUGUCAGCGGCCAAUACCGGACUGGCAGAAAGGCAUUGGUGGAUUCUUGAACAAAGGCAAAGAGAAUGUCGACAGUCAGUCCAGCUCGAGUAGUGGCAGCAACAGCGAUGAGAUUGAAGUGCUGGAGUCAGACUCAGGGGCUGGUGCUUCUGGAAGCUGCGAGUAGGACCUCUCUGAUCUCACAACCAACUACAAUACACCUCAACCAACAGCCCUUCAGAGUGGUGCACCAAUCACCAGUGCCUCUCUCUGGGGCUGAUCUCAAGACGAACUGCAAUACCCCACAACCAGCAGCCCUGAAGAGCAGUGCACUGUUCACUUGACCAGUGCCUGUUCGGGCCCUACUGCCACUGUACAUAGACGAAUGAAUGUGUGAGAGAAGUAUGCAAGAGUUGUGCCCCUUAGCUCUAAAUGCCUUAAAGUUGGUUAGUUCCAGUUUGAUUGUAUUAGGAUUCUGUUAGGUAUAAGUUUGGUGGCUGUUCCCAGUUUGGUAUUCCUUCGUGGACAUUUUAGAUCUCGGUCACUGCUCACAUCGUUCUUGAAAAGGAAAUGGGUACACAGUAUGAAGUGCUUUUGGGGAACAUCGUCAUCUGUAAAUAUCCACUUAAAGUUAAACCUAUUUCAUCAUUGUAUGCAAAGAUGUUUGUCAUAUAUUUUCAUGUAGUAUUUUAUAUUUAGCUACUGUGAAAUAAAUGUUUUAAAAGCGUAA